UCUUGCCCUCGGAAGUUGCAUAUUUCCACACACUGCUACUCAAUGGAUAAAAAGCGUCCUUCCUUGAAUGCCACUGGUUUUGUUUUCGAUUAAGUUCUACACUUCACACGACAUGUCAGAAAAUAAGCUCCUUUGCGCUGUAGUUUUCUUAACUUCACUGGUUUGCUUAGCGCGCUCACAGGGGACGGGAUUUGUUCAUUCAGCUACCUUAGAUGCGGAUGGGAGAUACAACAUUAAGUGGGGAUUUGACGAGUCAACGAUAACGUUUGAAGCGGAAGUGGAAACGAAAGGAUAUAUAGGAUUUGGCUUGUCACCGAACGGUGCGAUGGCUUCGUCUGAUAUCGUGAUAGGUGGUGUGCUCAACGGAAAUCCGUAUCUUGUGGACUACUUUACAGACUCAAACAGAGAGGUCCAGAGAGACCCACAGCAGAGCUACAGGCUGCUGUACGGCAGAGAGAAUGACACACAUACUGUCCUGGCUUUCAGCAGAAACCUCCAGACUUGUGAUGACAAUGACAAAGUAAUUACGGGCAGUACAGUGAGAGUGAUCUGGGCGUUCCAUGCAGAGGAUGUGGGAGUGUCAGGACCAGUCUACCAUGGCAUGAACCGAGGCAGGAAGAGUGUACGUUUACUCAAUCCUGGAACCAGCUCCAGCAUCCCAGCAGGAACAGCUUUCUUUGACCUUCAAAAUGAGAAGGUUCCUGUGCCUCAGAAGGACACAACAUACUGGUGUCAGAUCUUUAAAUUCCCAGAGUUGAAGAGGAAACAUCAUGUUAUCAGAAUAGAGCCAUUGAUACAGAAGGGUCAUGAGAAUCUGGUCCAUCAUAUUCUGCUUUACCAGUGUGACAGCAAUCUGAACAAGAGUGAGAUCAACUGGGGACAUGAAUGCUACCAUCCAAAUAUGCCAGACUCCUUCUUCACAUGUGAAACCGUUGUGUUUGCCUGGGCCAUUGGGGGCGAGGGCUUCACGUAUCCUCCACAUGUUGGAAUGUCUAUAGGAACCUCAAUAGACCCAGUUUAUGUACAGAUGGAGAUUCAUUUUGACAACCCGUCUUUACAAAGAGGGAUAGUGGACAGCUCAGGCCUUCGUCUGUACUAUAGCCCCAGCCUGAGGCGCUAUGAUGCCGGGGUCAUCGAGACGGGAGUGUGGGUCAGUCUCUACCACAUGUUGCCCCCAGGCAUGCAGGAUUAUAUUACAGAAGGACACUGCACUCAGGAGUGUCUCCAGGAGUCAUUGGACAGUGAGAUGCCCAGUGGAGUAAAUGUGUUUGCAGUUCUGCUCCACGCUCACCUGGCGGGUCGGGGUAUCAGGACUCGACAUUUCCGGCAGCACGUUGAGUUGCACCCACUGGCCUCAGAUGACCAGUUUGAUUUCAACUUUCAAGAGUUCCAGCCGCUCAGCCAGGAGAGGCUCAUCUUGCCUGGGGACUCUCUAAUCACAGAAUGUAGAUAUAACACUAGAGGCAGAAUUAAUAUGACUUGGGGAGGUCUUAGCACACGGGAUGAGAUGUGUUUGUCAUAUCUGCUGUACUACCCGAGGGUCAACCUAGCCAGGUGUGAGAGUUUACCAGAAAUAUCCGGCCAGCUCAAAUUUAUUGGAGUCAGAGAGAUCCAGGAACCUGUUACAACCUGGCCCUUUGUGAUAAAGAGUCCUAAGAAAUACAGCAACCUUUCUUUCACGGAGGCCAUGGAUAAAUACAGGUGGACGAGGAAGAGAGGGAAGGCGUUCAAUGAUGUUGUAAGGAAACUCCCCAUGAAUGUACGCUGCUCCAAGAUGGGCCAAGAUGAGUGGUCGAUUCAAGGCAUGAUCGUCUCUUCACCGGAGCUGAAAUCAGAGCAGGCGUCUGCUGCUGUUGUGGCCUGCAGAAAUAACUCACAGACUCAGUGUGAAGGUUCCCUCUCUCUGCUUCUUACUGUAUGCCUCCUGCUCAUACUGCAGACCUACUUACACAUGUCUACUGUCAUCUCAAUGUCCUAUAUUCCUGUACACACAUACCACAUGUCUCCACUGGCCCCGACCAUCCCCAAUUACUGUCACUGAAGUGGUUAUAAACAGCAAAGUGAGACUCAUCCUCUGAUUUAUACACAUUGGAGUCCCUUUAGGGUAAUAAUGAUGUGUGACUCACCCUUACCUAAAUCAAGCUCAUCACUUGCAUUGAGCACAACUUUGUUGUAUUAAUGUAGGUUGUAGUCACUUCCAGGACCCAUUUAUACUUGUCAUGUAAUAUCCUUUGGUUAAUGCUCACUUGAGUCUCUCCGUCUCUUCUAAUGAACGCCCCUUCGUAGCUGUAAAUCAUCAUAAUCUCACAACAUAAUCUCACCACAUCGGCUGUAACACUCUAGAAAUCCAGCUCACCAUAAAAAUAUUGGAGUCCAAAAGUCUGGAAACACGUAAAAAUGCUGUUUUAAUAAUUUAAUACAGUUUUUUAUUAAAAAAUUAUGUUAACUGUAAAAUAUUGAUUGAUUUGUUUGAAAAUCUGAGUCAAAAAAUUAACAUGAAUUUCAUAAUGUCUUAGUAUUUUGUUGUCCCCUAUUGCUUUAAUGACAGCAUGCAGACAAGCUGGCAUGGAUUCCAAGAGUUUGUGCAAAACCUGAUGAUCCAUGUUACCCCAGUAUGAUUUGAGAAUGUUCCAAAGAGCAUCUUGUGUGCUUUAAUGGAAACAAGGAAAUCUGAACUUUUAUACAAAGGAGUUAACAUGGUCAAUGUCACAAAUGUUCUUCUUUGAUUAGUGGCUUAUACCUGUAGAAGUAGUGCAUAUCUUAAAGGGGUCAUGACAUACUCUUUUUUUUAUAAUUUUGUUAUCUUAUUUGAGGUCUAUGCAUAAUGUUAGUAUAGGCUUUUUGCACCAAAACAGUCAUAAUUUAGUAAUACAUAAUAAUUUUCCACCCUGUCUCUGGCCCUCUGUCUGAAAUGCUCAGUUUCAAGCUCUCUGGCCCUUUAAAACUUCAAUGUAAAUGCCCACUGUUCUGAUUGGCUAGCAUCAUGCAGCCCCACAAAUACAGACAUAUUUGAAACGCAAUCCAAAGAAAAGGAACAAACUCUAUAAGACCACAACAUUUAUAAAACUAAAUUUCAGGAUUAACAUUUAACGCAUUUCUAACACAUUUCAUCUGAAUAUAUUAAACUGUUCACGCAGCAUCAUAAACUAUCAAACAGUCAUGACAUAUGAAAUAUUCAUGAAUGAAACUGUUUACUUUGUUUUUGCAGUCCAGUAGUGUUUUAACUGCUCCAUCCUUUAAUAACAGUGCCUUUGCAAAGCUUGAAUCAUAUUGUGACUGGUUCACAAGCAAUCUAUGCUGAUAUAAGCCGAAAAAUCAUACAAUCCAUGCUGAAAUGUUCUGAUUACGCAAACGUAAUACAAUCCUUGGUGAUGCUGAGUGCUUCAACCGGCUUCAACAGGCCAAAGCAGAGACGCUGGUCUUCACAUCUUACAUCUUCCGUGUUUGUUUACACAUAGAAUGGCAUGUAUUUCUCCCAGUCAGUGGCAGCAGCAGAAUGAGAUGCAUUUUUAAAAGUUGCACUUGGACCGCUCUUAAAACACAUCGCCGGAAACGCAUUAAAACGCAUUAAAACAAUCAAAGAAUCCAUUUAGGUGCAUGUUUACAAAAGACUAAAAAUUAAAAAUCGCACAGAUGAAAGCAAAAACAUCCAAGGUGCCUUCAAAACAACAAGAAACAGUGCAGCUAAAUGAAACACAAUGGAGGUCUCCUUUUUAGCGUUAUAACUUGACAUCGCAUCUUUUAAAAGCGGUGUGAGAUGAACGACAAUGGUCAAAGCCAUUCAUCUAGUGUAGACAAUCAUUUAAAUCCAGAUACGCACAUGAAGUUGUCCUGUGUAAGUCUUCUUUGGAUUAAUCUCCCAUGACAGGCCCUCUCUUCUCUUCACCUGUCUGACAGACAGUGAGCACCAGUGGGCGGGCCAAGGGUGCAGUGAUGAAAGGUAGGUUGAUGUCUUUCUGAAGAGGCUGUCAUAUGCAGAUGUAUUCUUGUGACAUCGCAAGUUCCACAAAUUCCAAACUGCCCAUUUCUAUAACCUGGUUUAAAUAAAUGCUAUUUUUCUAUUAAGGAGGAAGUUUUCAAUUCUGAAAUUACAGUAUGUUUUUAUAGUACAGUGACCUCUUAAAUGUCAAAAGAUCAAGGAAAAUUUGAUUCCUCAUGUCAUGACACCUUUAAUUUUUUAUUUUUUAUUUGACUUCAUAGCAUUUCUUUGUUUAAUAAUUUUCUAAAUCCGAUGAUUUCUAAAAAACUAUUUCCAUGUUUAAGUUAGAUUUUGAAUCCCAUAUUUUCAGUGUGGACUUUGGUCUUGGUCUAGUUCCUCCGGAGAUCUCAUAUUAACCGUAUCGUCAUCCUUUGCUACUGUAAGAAUGAGCACUGUCAUACAAACUUCCUCAAAAGUGAUAUAUAUUUGAGCACUUUUCUCUGACUCUCCUCAACAUAUUAGUUUUAUUAAAAGUUACACUGUUAAAUAUUCCCUAAAAAUUCCCCAUCUAACAAAUACAAAAUCUUUCAGUCAAGAGCUCUGUUAGUCUCAUUAUAAGCUAAAUGUGUGUUUUAUAAAUGAAUGCUGGCAUUACAUUCAAAACCAUAACAGUUUUAUACUCUGUAUGUCUUUGA